AUGGGUAUCCUCAACACCCUGACCCACGUCCUCCACACAGCCGAACAACAGCCCAAUGCCGACUACUUACUCACCAACGCCCGUCUAUACCCAGAUAUGUACCCGGUAUCUGACCAAGUGCGUCUCGCAACCCAAUUCUCGGAGAAUAUAGUCGCAAGACUCACGAACCGGGAACCAGUGAACUUUGAUCACGACCUCGGCAGCUACUCCAAAUGCUAUGAGCGCAUUGAGACUGUUCUGAAAUCAGUCAAGGAGGCGGAUAAGAAAACUGUUAAUGCACUUGGGGAUUCAGUUUCGCCUACGCCGAUGGGGCCGGGGAAACCGGUAGAUAUGAGCGAGGCAACGUAUGCACAUAUCAUUGCGCUGCCGAAUAUUUAUUUUCAUCUUACCACUGCGUAUGGGAUCUUGAGGAAGGAAGGUGUGCCGUUGGGAAAGAUGGAUUAUUAUGCUGGGUUUGCUCCUAUUGCUAUCCAUGAGUCUGAGGUCCUGGGAAAGACAAAGUCAGCAGAGUCUUCGUAA